GCAGAGCCGCGCUGCUCUUGGAGAGGUCACUCCGGAGACGGCGGAGCUUUUUGGGGCGUGGGGGUCGGUGGCAGGAUGUGGCGCGUCUGUGCGCGGAGGGCUCAGAGUGCAGUGCCCAGGGCCGGAAUCGGGGCUCGGUGGGCAGUCUUGAAGGAAGGCCCCGGGGCCCCGUACGGGAGCCCGCGGGCCGGCCCGGCUGCGGUUCGAUGCAGCAGCGGGACCCCGAGCUAUGGGGUCCGCUUGCUGUGUGGCUGGAGCUCCGGCUCGGACACCGCGCCGCGUAACCGCUUACUGCGGCAGCUCCUGGGGUCGCCCGGCCGUCGCGCUUACAGCCUUCCCCCGCACCAGAAGGUUCCGUUGCCUUCCCUUUCCCCUACCAUGCAGGCAGGCACUAUAGCCCGCUGGGAAAAAAAAGAAGGGGAAAAAAUCAGUGAGGGUGAUCUAAUUGCAGAGGUUGAAACUGAUAAAGCCACUGUUGGAUUUGAGAGCUUGGAGGAGUGCUAUAUGGCAAAGAUCCUUGUUGCCGAAGGAACCAGGGAUGUUCCAGUUGGGUCCAUCAUCUGUAUCACAGUAGAAAAGCCUGAGGAUAUUGAGGCCUUUAAAAAUUAUACACUGGAUUCAGCAGCAGCUACCCCACAGGCAGCCCCAGCCCCGGCAGCUUCUGCUGCUCCAGCUGCACCUUCUGCAAAGGCUCCUGGUAGCUCGUAUCCUACUCACAUGCAGGUACUUCUUCCUGCCCUCUCCCCGACCAUGACCAUGGGCACGGUCCAGAGAUGGGAGAAGAAAGUGGGUGAGAAGCUCAGUGAAGGAGACUUGCUGGCAGAGAUAGAGACUGACAAGGCCACUAUAGGCUUUGAAGUACAAGAAGAAGGUUAUCUGGCAAAAAUCCUGGUCUCUGAAGGCACAAGGGAUGUUCCCCUGGGAACCCCACUUUGUAUCAUAGUAGAAAAGCAGGAAGAUAUAGCAGCCUUUGCAGACUAUAGGCCAACAGAAGUGACCAGCUUAAAGCCACAGGCACCACCACCUGUCCCACCUCCGGUGGCAGCUGCUCCUCCCACUCCCCAGCCUCUAGCGCCUACACCCUCAGCCCUUCCUGCUAGACCAAAGGGAAGGGUGUUUGUUAGCCCUCUUGCAAAGAAGUUGGCAGCAGAGAGAGGGAUUGACCUCACCCAAGUUAAAGGGACGGGACCAGAAGGCAGAAUCAUCAAGAAGGACAUUGACUCUUUUGUGCCUUCUAAGGCUGCUCCUGCUGCAGCAGCUGCCAUGGCUCCCCCGGGUCCAAGAGUGGCACCAGCCCCCUCAGGUGUCUUCACAGAUGUCCCCAUCAGCAACAUUCGCCGAGUGAUUGCACAGCGGCUAAUGCAGUCGAAGCAGACCAUACCUCAUUAUUACCUCUCUGUUGAUGUAAAUAUGGGAGAGGUGCUCUUGGUACGGAAGGAGCUUAAUAAGAUGCUUGAAGGGAAAGGAAAAAUCUCCGUCAACGACUUCAUCAUAAAAGCUUCGGCUUUGGCUUGUCUGAAAGUUCCCGAAGCAAACUCUUCUUGGAUGGACACAGUUAUAAGACAAAAUCACGUGGUGGAUGUUAGCGUUGCUGUCAGUACCCCUGCAGGACUUAUCACUCCUAUUGUGUUUAAUGCACACAUAAAAGGACUGGAAACCAUUGCUAGUGAUGUUGUUUCUUUAGCAUCCAAAGCGAGAGAGGGCAAACUGCAGCCUCAUGAAUUUCAGGGUGGAACAUUUACAAUCUCCAACUUAGGAAUGUUUGGAAUUAAGAAUUUCUCUGCAAUUAUUAACCCACCUCAGGCAUGUAUUUUGGCAAUUGGUGCUUCAGAGGAUAAAUUGGUCCCAGCAGACAAUGAGAAAGGCUUUGACGUGGCUAGCGUGAUGUCUGUCACUCUCAGCUGUGAUCAUCGUGUUGUGGAUGGAGCGGUUGGAGCCCAGUGGCUUGCUGAGUUCAAAAAGUACCUUGAAAAGCCUAUAACUAUGCUGUUAUAAUUUACCCAAGAACUUCUACACUCUCUGCUGACAUUAUAUUUAUAUGUUAUUAAACAGGUGGUUCUUUUAAAGUUUCACUAGUUAAUUUUAUUAUUGAAUCUGUCCAGAUAAUUUAUUUGUAAUAGGCAUUAACGAAUCUUUUUUAAAUGCCAAUUGCAUCCAAAUAUUGUACCCCUUUAAAAUUAAACAUCAGUUUAAAGCUCUGUAUGCCUAGUGAAGGGACAUGUAAGGGACACUGACUCUUUAGUGAGAAGUCCUUCCUGGGGGAACAGGAGGGGCAGGAUUGUGGCUCCCUGCAGUCUGACUCAUAAAAGUAACUUGGAUGAGACCUUGUAGUUUAGAGUUUAAUUGAUUCAACUUACUUAGUCUGAAGGAAACAGAGUCAUGAAAAGUAUUUCUCAUAGGAAGAGUUUAAACUGAAGCUUUACUUUGGAAUCUAACCUUAGAGUUUCCUGUUUCACAAUUUUGCUUUAUCACAUGAGAACUUCAAGGAAAAUAAGUGAAACUUUAAGAGUCAGCAUUUUCAACCAACUGUUAUUUUUAUAUGAAUCUCUAAAUAAAAUAGCUUUCCCCUCCUUAAGAUAAAGAUAUAAGCCAACUUCUUGGUAUAAAUGAGAAUUUAUGUAUUUAUUUAUAAGCAAUUUCAAUGUAUAAUUUGAGAAAUCUGCAGUUUCCUCCAAAUAAAAGAACAUACUUAUUGAAAUGAACAAGUUGCAGAAGUAGAAUUUUCCUUCUAAGAUGAACUGGAUGUUAAUUGUAAAGGAAUGCAAUUACCAAAUGUUAUCGCUCAACUGGAGAACUCUGGAAUGAGUAUGGAAUGUAAUGGGAGAAGUUGUACAUAUGUAAUAUAUGGUUUUAGAGUAAGUAUAUGUGCCAAUGUCCAUUUAUCACCAUAUCCUGCCUGGAAAGAAAUAAGGGAGAGGAUGUUGUGAGUGGCAGUUUGCACUGCUGACUAUGAUGUCCAAACUGGGCAUCUGGCUAGGUAGCCUCGGCUACUCAGAACGCUAAGAAAGUAGGAUAGUUGGACAACAUAGCAAGACUCUAUCUCAAUAAAACAAACAAAAAUGAUGCCCAAAACAACCUGACAAUUUCUGGUUGGAUAAAGUUUUUAAAAAGUAGUAUAUAGUCAAGAGUUUGGUUUUUCAGCCCAGUCCUUGCUCAUGGAGGGAAGAACUUAAGUAGGUGUCCCCCUUACAAGCCUAAAUGCUCCUUUCAUUUUAUUAUGUUUUGCUUUUCUUUUGGAGGGAAGGGAGACGAUAUGCAGGAUAGUAAAAAGAACGUUAUCACAAUUCCAGACUUCCUGUUAAAGUGAUGUGUUUUAAUAAAUGUUUGGAAUUAUUUGUGACUUUAAAAUAA